UGCUGACAGGGUUUUUAAAAGUUCUCUUAAUCCCCCCUGCCUUAGAAUGUUAAACAUAGCCUUUCCUUGUCUCCAAAAGAUUAUAGGUAUCACAGAAAGAAUCUGAUACAGUAUUCUUGUGUCUAAUCCAUAUAUUCACAUCUCCUUUGUUCACUCUUUUCCAAAUAAUCUUCCCAGUCAUUUAAUUAUACUUGUUUGCUCAUGAUUUUCAUUAGUAUUUUGGAUUUUUGUUUAUAUAUUUAUUUUGCCCUAUAAAGCAGAGAACUGGAUAAACCCUAGUAUAUCAGGAUAUGGAUAUAAAAUAGUGACUUGUUAAUAAAAUUGAAAUGUUGGAGGAUAGUAUCUUUGGAGGGGGCUUAGUAUGGGAGGGUCUUGUCUUCACUGCUGGCAUUUCAGUCACAGUGCGUUAAAUAAUCUUUACUUUCCUUCAGUCUACUUUCCAGUGGUUACAGACUCCGUUCAUGUUGUGGAUGGAUCCCACAUCCAGUGACGCUAAUAAGCACAUCGUAUAUUCUUACAAGAGUGAACUCACUUAUGAAAUGCACUCUGCCAUUUCUUCUCAUCAGGGUGCCUGAUGUGGAGGAUGGGAAGGUCAUAGUUCAAAUAUUGGCAGCUUUUUAAAAAUAUCAGAAACUGUUUCCAGACUCUGCAAGGGUACUAGACGCCGAAUUGCUAGAGGCCAGCAGCUGUAGUUGCAGCCAUUUUAUGUUCAACCUCAGGAUGUUUUCCUUGGCCAAAAACGCACUAAGUCGUCUGACAGUUCAAAGCAUUCAGCAAGCAGUGGCAAGGGAGAUCCAUCAAAAGCGGGCACCUGAUUUCCAUGACAAAUAUGGUAAUGCUGUAUUAGCUAGUGGAGCCACUGUCUGUGUUGCUGUAUGGGUAUAUAUGGCAACACAAAUUGGAAUAGAGUGGAACCCAUCGCCUGUUGGCAGAGUCACCCCAAAGGAAUGGAGAGAACAGUAAUCAUCCCAGCUGAUUUAAUACUGAAUUGUUUCAGAAUCAACUCAUAAUUAAUUCCAAGUAAAAGUACUAUGUACCCAUUAAAAUAUAGCAUGUUUGAAGAAAUAAAGUAUAUUUGAAACC